UUUGUGUAUAACAAAGAGUUUGAGCUGAAUAGCCCCUGAAGCCCAGUAGCUUGUUACGAGAGCAGAGGGGCGGGAGACCCUUCUUAUUGGCCAGGGCUAGUUACCCAGAAGUCUGGUUUUCACAUAAAAGGCAGGAUUCACUGUAGUCAGUCCCCACUUCCAGUCAAAGGGUGCCAGCCGAAACAGCAAAAAAGGAAGAUGGCAAGAAUACUGUCUCUUUUCCUCCUGGGUCUUGCGGCCGUAUGUGCCGUGCAUGGAAUGUUUAUGGACAGACUUUCUUCCAAGAAGCUCUGUGCAGAUGACGAGUGUGUCUAUACUAUUUCUCUGGCUAGAGCUCAAGAAGACUACAAUGCCCCAGACUGUAGGUUCAUUAAUGUGAAAAAAGGGCAGCAGAUCUAUGUGUAUUCAAAGCUGGUAAAAGAAAAUGAAGCUGGAGAAUUUUGGGCUGGCAGUGUUUAUGGCGAUGACCAGGAUGAGAUGGGGAUCGUCGGUUAUUUCCCCAGCAACUUGGUCAAGGAGCAACGUGUGUAUCAGGAAGCCACCAGGGAAGUCCCCACCACGGAUAUUGACUUCUUCUGUGAAUAAGAAAUCAGCUAAAACUGCAGAUAGAAACACCAAAUAUAAAGAAAAAAGAAAAAAAUAACAAAAAAAAAUGCAUGUCUUUAAUUUCUGAUUGUUGUUUCAAGAAUUUGUUACCUUUUUAAAGUUGGAGAUGGUAGGUAAAAGGGACUUUAAACUCAAGUCUUGUUUCCUGCUUAUCUGGUCUUCCCACAGGCUAGAGGAAGGAGACAUUGGCUUAAAUGGAUAAAUCGAGAUCAGAGAAUUAUUUUUCAACCCAGACAAAUCUUCCCUUCCAUGGGGAUGCAUAUAAAAGAUGGUUUAUUUGUAGUUAUUUCUAAUAGUAAUUCUUCCCAGCUCUUUGACUCCCUGCCUAUAAACUUGGUGGUUCAUAGGUCUUCCUUUUAAAACACAAUGUUUUCUUUUUAUUCAUCUCUCUGGCCAAUUGGAGUAUUAAUAAUGUAUCUGAAGGGUCUGUAUCAUCAAAGAGUGUUUGUUAUUUUUAAUAUUUGAUGCCUUUGGGAGGUGGAGCUGUUGGAGGAAGAAAAGAGCUUUUUGGACCCAUAUAUUCUGUCUCCACGUUUCUCUUUUAGAAAAGCCUCAAAAAUGAUUCCAAUUGAAUAACUUUACCUUCUAAAUGAUCAGUUCAUUUCUACCCCCAUUUUAAAUACGCAUGUGUAUAUAUAAAUGGGAGAAGGCAGUUUAUGGAAAUACAUUUAAUGGAAUAGUUUUCCCUUAAUAUAUACACUCCUUAGAUGUUUUCCAAGCAUCAAGUAAUCAAAAGACACAGCAAAAAAGGUUCUGUGGGUUGUUUUUUCUACUUCUCUUUCAACUUUGAAUUUCCUCUUCCUGUGCAAAUUCCUCUAGUUCAGUGUGAUGUAUCAAGAAAUCUGAUGAGGGGGUACAGGAUUGUGGUCCUGAUGGGCCCAUGAGUUUUUCUAUAUUUAACUGGAAAUCUGCUUUGAUUGUGUUGUUGAUGUAAUUCUUUUGAUGUAGUCAUGAGUUUUUG